AUGGAGCGUGCAGAGCUGGUGGUCAAUCGCACGGUGCCUGGCUUCAGCGUAUUUGCGGAACCCAUAGUUGCUCUCUCAUCGGACGAUGAGGCGCUGGCGACGCAUGUGCUGCAAUGCUUGCAGGGCAGCUGGUAUUGUCAGCAGAGCGGCCGCCACGUUGGGGCUGUGUCUGGCAUGUUUCUGGAGGCAAGCGUCGGCUGGCUGCCACGCGUCACCACCUGCCGCAUACCACCCAACGUCAAAGAUACUCUGGUUCUAACCGUCGACGGGCAAACCUACUUCGGGAAGAUUCGGUUGGAGGCCCAGCACUCCAUCACCUGGAGCACCGGCGAUGUGUGGCUCAAGAAGUGA